CCUUUUUGCCUCCUACUUGAACUCUCUUCUGCUCUCUCUCUCUCUCUCUCUCUAAACCAAGGUUUCUCUCUCUCUCUCUAGAAAACAAUGAGCAAGUGCUGCGCUAAUGGCAAAGGGCCGGGCUACGCUUCUCCCCUUGAGGCCAUGAAAGGGCCCAGGGAAGCUUUGAUCUAUGUCACCUGUGUUUACAAUGGAACUGGGAAAGAGAAGCCUGACUACUUGGCGACAGUGGAUACUGACCCGAGCUCACCAACCUAUUCUAAAGUUAUUCAUCGGUUGCCUGUGCCUCAUAUAGGUGACGAAUUGCAUCACUCUGGUUGGAAUUCCUGCAGCUCUUGCCAUGGUGACUCGUCAGCGUCCAGACGUUACCUAAUCUUGCCUUCGUUGUUGUCUGGGCGUAUAUAUGUCGUUGAUACUGCAACGAGUCCAAGAGCUCCAUCUUUGCAUAAGGUGGUUGAGCCUGCAGAUAUUUUGCAGAAGACAGGACUUGCAUAUCCUCAUACUUCUCAUUGCCUUGCAUCGGGUGACAUUUUGGUGUCUUGCCUUGGAGAUAAAGAUGGAAAUGCAGAUGGCAAUGGAUUUCUCCUCCUUGAUUCAGAUUUCAAAGUGAAAGGGAGGUGGGAAAAACCAGGCCACAGCCCUCCUUUUGGGUAUGAUUUCUGGUAUCAACCUCGUCAUAAAACUAUGAUUAGCUCAUCGUGGGGAGCUCCUGCAGCAUUCACGAAAGGGUUCAAUCUUCAGCAUGUUUCAGACGGUCUAUAUGGAAGACACCUAAGUGUGUACAGUUGGCCUGAUGGUGAACUAAAGCAGACAAUGGACCUAGGCAACACAGGACUGUUACCUUUAGAAAUUAGGUUUCUGCAUGACCCUUCGAAAGACACUGGCUUUGUGGGUUGUGCUUUGACCACCAACAUGGUGAGAUUUUUCAAGAACUCAGAUGGGUCUUGGAGCCAUGAGGUUGCAAUAUCAGUGCCCCCAUUGAAGGUGAAGAACUGGAUCCUUCCUGAAAUGCCCGGGUUGAUAACUGAUUUUCUCAUUUCUCUUGAUGACCGGUUCUUGUACUUCGUGAAUUGGCUUCAUGGGGAUAUCAGACAGUACGACAUUCAGGAUCCUAGCAAGCCCGUGUUAACUGGGCAGGUUUGGGUGGGAGGACUCCUUCAGAAGGGUAGCAGUGUUGUUUAUGUGACUGAAGAUGGGAAGGAGUCACAGUUCGAUGUUCCUGAUGUUAUGGGCAACAAGCUAAGAGGAGGUCCACAGAUGAUCCAGUUGAGCUUAGAUGGCAAGAGACUGUAUGUAACCAAUUCCCUCUUCAGUGCAUGGGAUAAGCAAUUUUACCCGGAUGUCAUACAGCAAGGCUCCCAUAUGCUACAGAUUGAUGUUGACACAGAGAAUGGAGGUCUGUCGUUGAAUUCGAACUUCUUCGUGGAUUUUGGGUCUGAACCCGAUGGUCCAUCUCUUGCUCAUGAGAUGCGAUAUCCAGGCGGUGAUUGCACUUCUGAUAUAUGGAUUUGAUUGGGAUCAUUAUGUUAAUGUGAUAUUGGAUUUGAAAGCAGACAGAAUAAAGCUGAAUUCAUGGUUUAAGAGUUUAUUUAUUUUAAUAAGGAUGCUUAUUUUCAUGCACAAAAAGCCUUCUGUUAUUUUCUCGA